AUGCGACCACAGACCGCAUCGCUCACCCGGGCGCCAUGCCGGAACCUCCUCGACGCCAUUCGGGUCCCGUACGGAGCGCGCAGUUUUGCCGCAACAUCAACACCUCCGCUGCGCGGUGACAGCAAUCGUCCGAUAUUGUCUGUUCUACAGUCUGGGACAUGCUUCCAGCAGCAAAGAUGGAUCACGCAAAAAUAUAUUCAGCGUAUGAAGGAUGGAGAGAAGGAGUGGGCUGGGUUUAAGAAGGAGAUUGAAGCUGGAACGAGGAAGAGCUUCGUGCAACACCUGGAGGAGCGAGGGUUAAUUCAUGAUGUUGUCGGAGAACGCGACUUAUUGCACAGAGUCUUGACGGAGAAGCGGGCUGGUAUUUACGUGGGAAUUGACCCGACCGCUCCUUCAAUGCAUGUCGGCCACAUGCUGCCUUUCAUGGUUCUGGCUUGGGGAUAUGUUUGGGGACUUCCCGUGACUUUUUUGCUUGGCGGUGCUACAUCCAGAGUUGGCGACCCUAGCGGGCGUCUUAAGGGCCGAGAUGCAGUACACUCCUCAAUCCGGAAAGCGAAUAUGGCUAGCAUGCAUAUGCAGUUGAAGAAGCUGGGCUCUAGCAUUGAGCAGUACGGCAGGAGACACGGACACGAGAAGCACCCGAUGUGGAAGCGGGCUUUGACAAACAACAACACUUGGUGGAACUCGUUACCUUUCCUUGAGGUGUUGCGCGAUCUCGGUGCUUUCAUGCGACUUGGUCCUAUGCUUGGCAGAGAUACUGUCAAGACUCGAUUGCAAGGCGAUGGCAUGUCAUUUGCUGAAUUCUCCUACCCUAUCCUCCAAGCUUGGGAUUGGUGGACGCUGUUCCAAAAGGGCACUCAAAUCCAAGUCGGAGGUGCCGAUCAGUAUGGAAACAUCUUGUUCGGUAUGGAGGCCGUCAAAUCUAUCAGCCGGAACACCGCCGACGAACAAAUUCGGAAUCCAUUAGAGUCAGAACUAGACCGACCCAUCGGUUUCACUACACCCCUCCUGACCGCGGCCAAUGGCGAGAAAUUCGGCAAGUCUGCAGGCAACGCCAUCUGGCUCGACAAAGACUUGACUUCCACAUUCGAACUUUACCAAUUCUUCGUGCGCACACCCGAUAAUGUCGUCGAGCGCUACCUCAAACUGUUCACCUUCAUUCCAUUGCCUGAGAUCGCCACCAUCAUGGAAGAGCAGAACAAGGACCCCUCAAAGCGCAUUGCGCAGCACAAACUCGCCUCUGAAUUUGUCGAGCUUGUCCACGGCAAAGCCGAAGCCGAUGCAGUGGCUCUCCAACACCGCCAGCUUUUCCGCCCCCGAUCAUCCACAGCCGAGCCAACUCCUCUCCCCAAAUCAUCUACCCCUCCCGCUAGCCAUGCUCUAUCUCCCACCGCUGGCUUUGAAACCCCGCAAUCUGGAAACCCAUACGCCCCCCAAACUAACUGGGCCAACAUGGGCGAUAUCAAGGUCACUCUCCCUCACUCCCUCGUCUUCGGGCAGCCGUUCAACAGGAUCUUGUGGUCUGCCGGCCUUGUUUCAUCCAAGGGUGAAGGCCACCGAGUCAUUGUGAACAACGGCGCCAAAGUCGGAAGCCGUCCUGGCGACAGCGGUCCCAUGUCGGAUCAACUGUCCUUCACGCCCAUCCGGCCGUGGGAUGCCGAAAAAACAAAAGACUUCGUCUUAGAUGGCAAUCUCUUGAUGCUGAAGUUGGGCAAGUGGAAGUUCAAGGCCGUUCAUAUUGUGAGCGACGAUGAAUUCCGCGCCCAAGGUCUUACAGCUCCUGGAUGGGAGCCAGCCGAGGCAACUGAGCCGACUGGAGCUGAACCGAUCAAAUCGGAAUAA